CGCUACGCUCCGGACGCCGCCAUCCCGAGGACGUGGCCUCGUUGGCUCUUCCGACCUGGCAAGCGGCAGCCUCAGCAGCCGAGCGGCCGCAGCCACCUCCGCUCCGCUCGCGGCUCUGUCUCCGCACCUCGCUGACAGCUUGUCCCGGCCGCGGGGACAGCCCUCGCAUCCUCGCUCCCAGGCUCGUGGACCGACGGACGGACGGAGGACCGAGGGCCCGACUGCGGGCAGCGGACAGCAUCGUGCGAUGGUACUCUGAGCAUCUUUGGUGAUUACUGCUCAGAUCUUUCCCUGGGCCACUUCCUUGAAAGGACCAACAUACAUCCAAUUUACCCAGACAUAAUCCAAGAUUAAUGGAGGGACUGCAGAGGAGAUUACUCUUGGCUUGCUAAGACUAGAACAGUUGAGCAUCACAUACUACAAGUGACAUCUGGGUUUAAAAAAAGGAAAAAAAAAAAAAAACACUGCGAAGUUUGAAUUUUUCCUGCGUUGGAUGCAAGCAAAAUGGAAAAUUGAUCAUCAAAGCGGAGAUGCAGGAAGAGAACUGACUCACAGUCUGAGUCCCCAGCCACUACAACUCCACCUCCUCCACCCCUUCCUUCCAACCAGGGUCUACACAGGUCUUCGGGGGCGCGGGGCCUGGAACCUGACCACGGGGUGUCAGUGCCCCCGGCAGUGGCUUCCCAUCAGCAAUGAAAGGCUUAUCGGGCAGUCGCAGCCACCACCACGGAGUGACCUGCGAGUCGGCCUGUGACGCACUGGCGCACCCCGCGGAGCGCAAGCCCUACCUGCUGAGCCCGGUGGACCCCCACCCCGCCGACCACCCCUACUACACGCAGCGCACCUCCUUCCAGGCCGAGUGCGGGGGGCCCUUCAGCGACCCGCUGGCCAGCAGCACCUUCCCGCGCAGGCACUACGCCUCGCAGCAGGAGCUCAAGGACGAGUGCGCCCUGGUGCCCCGCGCCCUGGCCGCCAAGGCGAACCGCCUCCCCGCCAACCUCCUGGACCAGUUCGAACGGCAGCUGCCGCUCAGCCGCGAUGGCUACCACACGCUGCAGUACAAGCGCACGGCCGUGGAGCACCGCAGCGACAGCCCCGGGCGCAUCCGGCACCUGGUCCACUCGGUGCAGAAGCUCUUCACCAAAUCGCAUUCGCUGGAGGGGCCGUCCAAGGGGAGCGUGAACGGGGGCAAGGCCAGCCCCGACGACACGCAGACCCUGCGGUACGGCAAGCGCAGCAAGAGCAAGGAGCGGCGCCCCGAGCCCAAGGCGCGCCCCAAUACCUCCCCGGGCUGGUGGAGCUCCGACGACAACCUGGAUGGGGACGUGUGCCUCUACCACGCGCCCUCAGGCGCCAUGACCAUGGGCAGGUGCCCCGAUCGCUCGGCCUCGCAGUACUUCGUGGAGGCCUACAACACCAUUAGCGAGCAGGCCGUGAAGCCCUCUCGGGGUAACAGUGAGGUCAAGUGCUCCACCUGUGCCAACCUGCCCGUCAGCCUGGAGGCUCCGCUCCUGAAGAAGAGCGCCUGGUCCUCCACGCUGACCGUGAGCCGAGCCCGCGAGGUUUACCAGAAAGCCUCGGUGAACGUGGACCAGGCCCUGGUGAAGUCAGAGUCCUGCCAGCAGGAACGUUCCUGCCAAUACCUCCAGGUUCCUCAAGACGAAUGGACGGGGUACACCCCACGUGGUAAAGAUGAUGAGAUUCCCUGUCGGAGAAUGCGGAGCGGCAGCUAUAUCAAAGCCAUGGGAGAUGAAGACAGUGGCGACUCGGACACAAGUCCUAAGCCUUCUCCUAAAGUGGCUGCACGAAGAGAAAGCUAUCUCAAGGCUACUCAGCCAUCUCUUACAGAGCUCACAACACUCAAGAUUUCCAAUGAGCACUCACCCAAACUCCAGAUCCGGAGCCACAGCUACCUGCGGGCAGUCAGCGAGGUCUCCAUCAACCGGAGCCUGGACAGCCUGGACCCCGCGGGCCUGCUCACAUCCCCAAAGUUCCGCUCCAGGAACGAGAGCUACAUGCGAGCCAUGAGCACCAUCAGCCAGGUGAGCGAGAUGGAGGUGAACGGUCAGUUCGAGUCGGUGUGCGAAUCGGUGUUCAGCGAGCUCGAGUCGCAGGCCGUGGAGGCCCUGGACCUGCCCGUGCCCGGCUGCUUCCGCAUGCGGAGCCACAGCUACGUGCGCGCCAUCGAGAAGGGCUGCUCCCAGGACGACGAGUGCGUGUCCCUGCGGUCCUCGUCCCCGCCGCGCACCACCACGACCGUGAGGACCAUCCAGAGCAGCACCGGUGUCAUAAAACUGAGUUCUGCAGUUGAAGUGUCAUCUUGCAUUACAACAUAUAAGAAGACUCCACCUCCAGUCCCACCCAGAACUACCACGAAACCUUUCAUUUCUAUCACAGCCCAGAGUAGCACAGAGUCUGCCCAGGAUGCCUACAUGGACGGACAAGGCCAGCGGGGAGAUAUCAUCAGCCAGUCUGGACUCAGCAACUCCACGGAGAGCCUGGAUAGUAUGAAGGCUCUGACGGCCGCCAUCGAAGCUGCCAAUGCCCAGAUCCACGGCCCUGCAAGCCAACAUAUGGGCAAUAACACUGCCACCGUCACAACCACCACCACCAUAGCCACCAUCACCACGGAGGACAGAAAGAAGGACCACUUCAAGAAAAACCGGUGCCUGUCUAUCGGGAUACAGGUGGAUGAUGCUGAAGAGCCUGACAAAGCGGGGGAGAAUAAAGCACCCAGUAAGUUCCAGUCCGUAGGAGUGCAAGUAGAAGAAGAGAAGUGCUUCCGCAGGUUCGCUCGAUCCAACAGUGUGACAACAGCAGUACAGGCCGACCUGGACUUCCAUGAUAAUCUGGAAAAUUCCAUGGAAUCUCUAGAGGACAAUUCAUGCCCCAGCCCAAUGGCCAGACAAUUUUCCCGGGAUGCCAGCACCUCCACCGUGAGCAUCCAGGGCUCAGGAAACCAUUACCACGCCUGUGCAGUGGACGACGACUUUGACACAGAUUUUGACCCCUCUAUCCUGCCUCCCCCCGACCCCUGGAUUGACUCUAUCACUGAAGACCCUCUGGAGGCCGUACAAAGGUCAGUGUGUCACCGAGACGGCCACUGGUUUCUGAAGCUCCUUCAGGCAGAGCGAGACCGCAUGGAAGGCUGGUGUCAACAGAUGGAGAGAGAGGAACGGGAAAACAGCCUGCCCGAAGACAUUCUAGGGAAAAUCCGAACUGCAGUGGGCAGUGCCCAACUUCUCAUGGCCCAGAAAUUCUACCAGUUCAGAGAACUGUGUGAAGAAAACCUGAAUCCUAAUGCUCACCCACGGCCCACCUCCCAGGAUUUGGCGGGUUUCUGGGACAUGCUGCAGUUGUCCAUAGAAAAUAUUAGUAUGAAAUUUGAUGAACUUCAUCAGUUAAAGGCCAAUAAUUGGAAACAGAUGGAUCCUCUUGACAAGAAGGAGAGAAGGGUCCCUCCUCCAGUGCCAAAGAAGCCGGCCAAGGGCCCCGCGCCGUUGAUCCGGGAGCGCUCGCUGGAGAGCUCGCAGCGCCAGGAGGCCCGCAAGCGCCUGAUGGCCGCCAAGCGCGCCGCGUCCGUCCGCCAGAACUCGGCCACCGAGAGCGCCGAGAGCAUCGAGAUCUACAUCCCCGAGGCCCAGACCCGGCUCUGAGCGCUCCGGGACCGCGGCACCCCGAGCGCUCCCGCGCGCAGCCCCGUCGCGUCACACCGCGCACUGUCUGUCCUCCCUCCUCCUCUCUCUCUCUGCCCCUCACCAACCCUCCUGCCUCGGCCCUUCCUCUCCCCUCCACCUCCGACAUCAUCCUCAUGAGCCCAGUGACCCCCCCACCGUCGUGGUGUGCUGUCAGCCUCCCGGGAGCCGUCCUCCACGCCCCCCUGCUAUCCAGACAAGUUGGAUCCCAUGUUCUCCACCGAGCUUUGACGCCUUGUACUGACGCUGUCGCCCUGCCUCACAUGGAAAGGCGACCCUUUAUGUUCUUGGCCAAACCCAACGCAACCUGUAUAGACGCGGCACCUUUAGGUCAUUCUCCAUCCUCGGUUCUCUAAAGUUAGUCUGUUCCUAGAGCUCAGCAAUAUAAAAACCAUAGGGUAUUUCAGAACUCCAGUAUUACAGGGUGACCUUUGGGACUCUACCGUCUUCCACGUGAAAGAAACUAGGGCUCAGCUUCCCUUUUUUUUUUCUCCACCACCACCCCCCCCCCCCAAGUGGUUUUUAUUUUUCAAAGCAGAUGGAGCACUUUAUUUCCAACCUCAGCAAUCACACCACCUCCCUGGAGAUAAGUACAAGCAGGGAGUGGGACAGGAGGACCCGGGUUCAGUACCCUGGGUGUGCUGUGUGAGAGGGGGACGUGGGAUCUGCAGGUGUGGGAGGGGGGAGCGUCUCCAGAGGAAUCUGUGCCACCCACAGCUGCACACACUGCCUCACUGUUACUUCAUCAGUCACUGCUUCAGAUGUUUCAAUCAGCAGACGAUUGUAAAUUCGAUCUUUCAGGGAAAUUAAUCUAUUCUGAAAGGCAAUAAAACGAAGAAAGGCAAGGCAAGGAAAGGAAGCACUGAUGGUUUCAGAUAAUAUAUAGGAAAUUUUUUUGUCCUGUUAUUAAGAAAAUUUAGACCUGAAACAUUUUAUCAACUUUUAUUGUACUAUGUAUAUUAUAUUGUUGUGGCAGUGAUGCUUUUUAAAGGGGAAAGUGUUGGUUCUAUUAAUGUGUUAGUAUCCACCCUGGCAGGCCUACCUGACCACACAUAUCUAGGUACACAUCUGCAGAUGAAGUGCUGUAAAUGGCAGCAAGGCUGUUCUCAGAGAAAAGUUUGGGUUUUCCUAUCAUCCCUUUAAAUGCUAUGCAUCUGUCUAUUUUAACCCACUAGUUGAUAUUUCAGAUACACUUUCUCCAUUAGUCUUCUCUUAAAACUACACAAGAUCCUAUUCUACCCCAGCAUCAGGGUUUUGUCCUAUAUCGAACUGAGAAAAUAAAUGUUAUUCCCCAGUAGACUUGCUGCAUCAUUCCAAAGAGCUGUCACUGUCAUCUUGAAGUUCCAGAUAGUGAGAGAAGAAAUUUGACCUGCAGGGUUCAACAACCAUAAGGACAGAAAAAAUCAUAAUUCAUAAAUACUGAAAGAAAUCCAGACUUCUGGCAAAGGAUGUUGAUUUUCCUUUUUAGUCAUGUUUGGCGCAGUAUGCACUUCCCGUCUAGCUGAAGUUCCCUUUAGAUGUCCUUAUUCAGAGCAGUUUAAACACUUAGAAUGUGGCAAUCUUAAAGUAUCACUGGUAUUUUGGGUCCAGCUCCCACCUUCAAGCAUUAGAAAUUACCACUGAAAAACAGAAGACUUAAAACAUAUAUCAGAUAUGCUUGCAUCAGAGAAGAACUUUUUAAAAAUACACACUCUCAUAGCCAGGUGCUAAUUUAAUUUUAUUUACGAAAUUAAGAGAGGUGAUUGGGCUCUGGCAACAAAACUUUUCAUGAACACAUUCUAAAACCACUAGAGAAUUCGCUACCUCUCAGAGCCAUUGAUGCUUUGAGCUAUCUUUAUACACAGGGCACAAAUGUUUACUGCUGUGGUUUACAAGAAAAGGGCUACUAACUUGUUUAAACACCAACCAACCAACUUUUAACUUGGGUGAGCAAAGCCCCUCGAGUGCUUUGUAAAACUGGAGCAUACCGAGAUUUUGAGCUUCAAGUAUUUGCUAGUUUUUAAAAGAAUACACCUUUACCUUGUAUUAGGAACGAAAGGUCACACAUGGUUUGGAUCAAAUAAUGACAGCCGCCACCUUGUGUAGCCAGUGGUCACGUUCAAUACCGAAAAUGGCUUCUAACUCCUAGAUUAGCAUGAACCAAGCAUCCAUUUGAAGAUUCUUGCUCCUUCCCAACCACAGCUUAGUGCCCUGAAGUAGGGUUAAGGUUUGGAUUGAGAAAUAGAUUCAUAAUGCAGUUCAAGAUCAUCCUACAGUAUUUUCUUUGGAAACUGAUUUAGCCCAGGAUAUUUUAAAGAGAGACAAGAGAACGCCUAUUUAUCUUGUCUGUAUGAAUGGUAUUUGUAUAUUCAUAAGAUAUUUUUGGUAAGAAUUUUAAAUCUUUUACCUGAAUGCCUACCUGUUCAUGUUGUGGACAAGGCAUCCUGACCUUCACCUCCCUUAAAAACACAAUUUCAAUUGUACGAACAGUUUAUAAAAAGCGAAUUACUGAUGUUAAAAAAACAUGGCCCCAGACAAUGCUGCUUGUUAACCACUUGACCCCUUAAACUAACACUCAUGAGCAUAACCUUUGUUACAUUGUUCUUUUGGAUGUAAUUUAUAGUGAUGUUUUUUAGUUCAUGAUGGAAAUGUAUGUACCCUGAAAUUACUUAUUUUGUUUAACUUUGGUAUAAAGUCGUUGGGCAUUUUCUUGGGGAGGGCGGAAUUACAAAAGAAAAGUUUGCCUCCCACAUCAAAAAACGUUCGAAGAAAUUAAGUAUUUAUUAUAUUUUUUGCAGAUGUUCCAUACAAUCCACAUAACCUUUUUGUAAAGAGAGAUGAAGAAAUGGAUUAAAGAUUUUUAAUAUUUGAAAUGGUAAAUAGAACUAAUUUAUUUGUAAUAUAUUUCUGUUAUUUAUAGAUGUUUCCGUAAUGUUUUAUGAGUUCAUUACCCACUUUAAUUUAAGCCUUAUCCUUGUGAAUUUACCAUUUCUUUUUUAAAACAUGUCUAGAUGCAUAUUUUGAAUAACUGGAAUGUAAAUCACUACCAUAUCUAAUGAAUUCCCAAAUGUAAUUUUUAAAAAUUAUCUUGGUUUGGAAAAAAAAGAUUCAUUUGAAAGCCUUCAGAUGGAGGGGUGGGGAACAUUUUUAUGGCUUUAUGAAUUGGAAUUUCAUAGGCUUAUUUACCUAGAUUGUGUGUGGACGAAAAAAAAAAAAACAAAAAAACCCACAACAACUGUAAAUAGA